AUGAAAGUUGAAUUUCCCAUAGUGAAAAAAGAAGAGCACCUCAAGGCGUUUUCGUUCGAGUCGGACGCCAACUUAGACAUCUUCCGGGCUUCACCAGCACUCCAUUGGGAGUCUAGGCCCGAUCAUGAGUGCCAAAUGGAAACGCGCAGGCGCAUCGCCGCACUGUUACCUGUGACGUGUCGUCAUAGGCCUACUGUGCAUGACUGGCAGCCUUGA